UUCUCAACGAUUUUUCCAUUCCCAUAAGCACAAAAAUGAGCAGAAAGCCAAACGCAAGAAAACAGCAGCAUGUUCCAUUGAUUGAUCUCCUUAUUCUCUGUUACCUUCUCUUAUUCACUGCCACAACCACAAAAUCCGAAGCUAAAUGCAGUUCUGGGUGCAACCUUGCACUAGCUUCCUACUACCUAUGGCCAGGAACAAACCUCACUUACAUCACCACCAUCUUCGGAAAACCACAGUCAGAGAUUCUGAAAUACAACCCUGAAAUAAAAAACCCAGAUUCCAUUGAUAAGCAAGAAAGGAUCAACGUUCCCUUCUCAUGUGACUGCUUGAACGGUGAUUUCUUAGGUCACACUUUUUCAUACGAAACACAUCACGGUGACACGUACAAUAACAUUGCUCAUGUUGCUUUCUCAAACCUCACAACUGAGGAGUGGCUAAGUAGGGUUAAUAGCUAUCCAGCUUUAAACAUUCCUGAUGGUGUUCAGAUCAAUGUAACUGUAAAUUGUUCAUGCGGAGAUAUACAUGUGUCUAAGGAUUAUGGAUUGUUUGCCACGUAUCCCCUUAGGAUCGGCCAGGAUUUGAAGACGGUGGCGGCCGAAUCCGCCGUGCCGGCCGAGUUGCUGCAGAGGUACAAUCAGGGCUCUGAUUUUGGUGCCGGGAAUGGGAUUGUUUUUGUGCCGGCCAAAGAUGAAAAUGGAAAGUUUCCGCCACUGCCAUUGGGAUCAGGAAUCUCUGGUGGAGCCAUUGCUAGCAUUAUUGGAGGUGCUGUUGCUGGAUUAUUACUAUUGGCACUUGUUCUCUAUUUUGCUCUAUUUAGAAGAAAGAAAGUGGUGGCUGAGGUGUCCCUUCUCCCUCAUGAUCAAUUUACUCAACUCCAACAUGGUUGUGGAAGCAGGUUGAGUAAGGGAUCAGAAUCUUCCCCUGUGAUUUCGCCAAGGUUGACCGGUAUUACAGUUGACAAGUCAGUGGAGUUCUCAUAUGAAGAGUUGGCCAAAGCUACUAAUGACUUUAGCAUAGCUAACAAAAUUGGUCAAGGUGGUUUUGGUUCUGUAUACUAUGCAGAGCUUAGGGAUGAGAAAGCGGCAAUUAAGAGAAUGGAUAUGCAAGCAUCAAAAGAAUUCCUUGCUGAACUCAAGGUUCUAACACACGUCCAUCACUUGAACUUGGUGCGUUUAAUAGGAUACUGUGUUGAAGGCUCCUUAUUUUUGGUUUAUGAAUACAUUGAGAAUGGCAAUCUAAGUCAACAUUUGCGUGGCUCAGGGAGGGAUUCAUUAUCAUGGCCUAUUAGAGUUCAAAUUGCACUGGAUUCAGCAAGAGGACUGGAAUACAUUCAUGAGCAUACAGUUCCUGUCUAUAUCCAUAGAGAUAUUAAGUCAGCAAACAUUUUGAUAGACAAAAACUUUCGCGGAAAGGUUGCAGAUUUUGGUCUAACAAGAUUGACUGAAUAUGGUAGCUCUUCAUUACAGACACGUCUUGUUGGUACAUUUGGCUAUAUGCCUCCAGAAUAUGCACAGUAUGGUGAAGUUUCCCCCAAAAUAGAUGUAUAUGCUUUUGGUGUUGUUCUCUAUGAACUCAUAUCCGGAAAGGAAGCUAUUAUCAAGACAAAUGAGAUUGUGACUGAAUCAAAAGGGCUAGUUGCCUUGUUUGAAGAGGUUCUUAGUCAAACAGACCCAAAAGAAGAUCUUUCAAAAUAUGUUGACCCUAGACUUGGUGACAACUACCCUGUUGACUCUGUAUUUAAGAUGUGUCAACUUGCUAGAGCAUGCACACAUGAAAAUCCUCAACUAAGGCCAAGCAUGAGAUCAAUUGUGGUAGCAUUAAUGACACUUUCGUCAGCAACUGAGGAUUGGGAUGUUGGCUCUUUCUAUGAAAACCAAGCUUUGGUGCAUCUAAUGGCUGGAAGGUAGCCUUAGCUUAGUGGAGUUACUCAUAGUCAUAUAUUUACAUAUACAUGUUUUUCUUUGCUCUCAAGCAAUAUAGAACUCCCAAUUUUCUCAACACGAACAAUCUAGUAUUAUUCAUGACAUGAUUCUAAUCUCUACUUUGAAUCUGUAGAUAAAAACAAGAUUAUAUAUAUAAAUAUAUCUUUAGA